UCGCGUUGCGUGAUCGCGUGAUUUGUGUGAGAGUUACGAAACUCAUUUACAACCGAGGUAAUUAACGAACACGACAAUUUUGACAGCUGGGAAAUGGUUACGCUUUCGAUCGAUGACCAUUUCCUUUCGGUCUACCUUUUUUAUGGCGCCAUACUCCUGCUUAAAACUUGGAUAAUGUCGUUCUUAACCGCGAGGCAUCGCAUUGCAAACAAGGCGUUUCCAAGUCCAGAGGACUAUAGACGCAGACCUGUUCCGAUAAACGCUGAUGUAGAAAGAGUGAGAAGAGCUCAUCUCAAUGAUCUGGAGAACAUUCCAAUAUUCAUGAUUACUGCGUUGUUGUACAUGUUUUCUGGCAUGCCAGUCACGUGGGGUAUUUGGUGCAUACGGGUCUUCACGGCCGCCAUGAUCUUCCACACUAUAGUUUAUCUAAACGCCUUCAGCUAUCCAAGGGCUGUGAGUUUUGCGGUUGGUGCAUGUUGCACAGCGUUUAUGGCCAUUUGCGUGUUAUAUUCUGCAAUUUGAGCCGCUUAAAAAUGGGAAAUAAAAUAGUAGAAACUA